GCAACGCAAGAUGGCGGACACCUUGCUAAUUCGAGCUUUGAAAUCAAAACCAAAGGCUUUGAAUUUAAGUAAUAAGAAACUCGAUCGUGUACCAAAAGCUAUAGGCAAAUUAGAUUGUAUUAUUCAUUUGCAACUGAAGAAUAAUUCAUUAAAGACACUGCCUUUUGAGUUAAGCUACUUGGACCAGUUGCAGAUUUUGAAUUGUGGGAACAACCAGUUUGAAGUUCUGCCGGAUGUCAUAGAACAUCUGUUUAUGCUUGAGAAACUGCAUCUCUUCAACAACCAGAUCCAUACACUUACCCCUAAAGCACUAACAAAUUUAAGAAGUCUGACCUUUCUCAACUUAAACUCCAAUGCAUUGAAAGUACUACCAGCGGAUAUCUGUAGGCUGAAUAACCUUCAGUUUUUAAGUGUGGACAAGAAUUUGUUGACAGAACUUCCAAUAGAGUUAUGUGCCCUGACUAGGCUGGAAGAAUUUCACUGUGCAAAUAACCAACUGACUAGUUUACCUCUGGAAUUUGGGUUUCUUAUAAAUCUCGAGAAACUUCAUCUACAGAAAAACAGAAUAAGAGAGUUGCCUGAAAGUAUAGGAAAGUGUUACAAGCUCAGAAUCCUCGACAUAGCAGCAAAUGAUCUUCGAAUAUUUCCUACAGAACUGCACAGCAUGCCCCUGAAGGAGCUGUUUUGUGAGGAGAAUCCCCUGUUACAACAUAUCCCCGUCCACUCUGUACAGGAAGAAGAGGUCCUAUCAUUGAAGGAAAUUUGUGCCAGGCAUGUCAUGAAGGAACUGAAAGACAGACGCCCUGACAAGAGGUGGUCGUAUUUGCGGCGCUCCAUAAAGCACUACCCACAGAUCCGAGAGAUGCUGGCGCAGGCGUCAAGGUGCGCGGUGUGUGGGGAAUCCUUUCUGAACACUUGGCUAGAAUGUGUGAAAUUCAUCGACGCCAAAUCGGACUUGAAACUGAACAAUCUGAACGGUCUGGUGCCAGUCCGCGCUCUCCUCUGCUCGUACAAGUGUUUUAACGCCAAGGGACACGAUUAUUACGGAGUUGCCUUCCCUUGAUUCUUUGAAAAAUCAGCGCUUUACAAAGACAGUGAUUUUGAAUGUCAAAUAUUUGGCAUGGAGCAAUAAAGUGUUUAAAUUGUUGAUUUUUAAUUAUGACGUCGCCACCAAUGACGUAAUUUCAUAUACGAAAACACUGCUUGAGCAUAUAAACGUUAUUUCAUCAGACGAACACCAGCCUACCAUAUAAAAUGUUUUUUAUAUUGCUCAGGCCGGUGUCCCUACGAUAUAAACUGCAUUUAAAAUUUAGUAUGAUUUAUUUGUUGAAAAAUGUUGAUUUCGUAAUAUGCACUCGUUAACAAUGAACUUAUUGAUAUCGAAAGGGUUUUAAUACAUAAUUUUAGCCUUAUUGUAAUAUCCUUAUACUUGUGUAAAGGAUGAGCAAUUAAGGGAAAUGUUUCGCGGUACAUAGUAACUGUUGCAUGAAUGCAGGAAAUUCGAUUAGAGAUUUUCUAUUUAUAUAAUAUAUACAGAUUCGAGAAUGUAUUGCUUUAAAUAAAUAAAAAAAACGUCGCUGUAUAAUACGCACGCACAAAUAUUUACAAAACAUUUUAUUCAUAAGAUUUUAUACAUACUUAUUUGACGUAAGUUCAUAAUGAUGACGUCACUUGAGACAUAAUUAAUGCUACAAAUACUGUCUAAGAAUGCCAAAACAGUAUUAUAAACCUUUCCACGUGUACAUUGUGCAAUCUGAAUAAUAUUAUGUAGUAACUUCAAGAUGGUUUAUUCAGUGCUGGUGUGUUAUUUGUGUAAACAUGACCUGUUCUUGUCUUAAAUCGCCAUAUACUGUUUCGAGUGGUGAAAGCGAAAAGGUUCUAUCUGCUUCUUUAUUUAAUGUUACUUAGAACCUUUUCGCAUUCACCCCUCGGUUUGCUACCGACCACUUUAAGCUGCACUUGAACAUAUUGACUGUUUUGACAUCUUAUAUUUUUGUCUUGGUAUAAGUCUAUUUUGGCCUGAAUGUCUGAAAACCAGUGAUAUAAGACUGCUGACAAAAGAUCUGUUCGCAGUUUUUAAAUUAUUUGUUUUGGGCUAAAAACGUUACUGACGCUUU